AUGAACUACAAUUAUGAGUGUAAAAAUAUUGUCUAUAUUAGGAAUCUCUCUCCUACAGUCACUGACGACGAUGUCAGAUCAUUUUUUUCUGAUUGCGGUGACAUAAUAUCUGUAACUUUCCAUAAUUUGGCUGGGAACAAUCGACGAUACUUGAAAGUUGAAUUCAAAGAUUCUGCAGGCGUAAUUGGGGCAGCGCUUAAGAAUGGCCAUCCGCUAUGCGGUUGGCCUAUGGUCAUUUCGGUAAUGGACCCAAGGUUAAGCUACGAAAGUGAAGCCAAAUCUGGAGCAGUUUCAGCAGCGGUGGCACAGCUAUCCAAUUCUGCAAUGUGUGGGUUUUAUGGCGCAAAUUCUAAGCAAUCCAAAGCAAUAGAGGCUAUUAUGUACUAUGGCACCAAUUCUACACUGUCCAGCAAUGUAUCUGAUGCGGCAAAAUUACUGGCUUCGCAGACCGAAUGCUUGUUGCCCACUCACACUUCAUCUUCAAUAUUUCUAAGAGUACAAUACCACCCUGAUAUACAGGAUUCAUAUCUUAAGAGUACCUUCUCAAAUGCAGUUAAAAUCAAAAUCUCCAGUUAUAAAAGCAGCAUUGGCGACAAAACUGCAAUUUUGGAAUUCAAUAGAGACGAUCAUGCUGAGGAUGCCUUAAAAGUCAAAAACAUUCUAGAUCGAAAAAUAACUAUCACUCGUAUAACAAAUCAAGUUACUAGUGGCGAUAGUGUCACUAGUAAGAUUGGCCAAAUGGAUGAUUCAGAAGAUAAGAUUCCAGAAUCAGAACAUAGGCAACAGAUAAUUAGAUCACCCUCAAUAGAUCACUACUAUCGCCAUCGGAGGUCUCGACACGACCAUAACAGAUCAAAUUUACAUCAUACUGGACAUCGUUAUCACAGCAGAUCCAGGUUCAGGCCCAGAGAUAGGAACGGAAGGUCUGGAUCCCGUGACCGGGAUGAGAGAUACAGGUCAAGGGGUGGUAGAUCCAGACAUACGAGAAGAUCAAUCCUAAAUACCUGGGAUGUGAACGUGCAUCAUUGA